GGAACUUAAGUGCUGUUGAGCUAAAGUUUGUUUCACUGUCUGAAUGUACAUGCAAUGAAAUGGCAGAAACCAUUUUUUCUCAGGAUCAGUUCAGAUGUCCAGUGUGUCUGGAUCUACUGAAGGAGCCAGUGGCCAUUUCCUGUGGACACAGUUACUGUAUGAGGUGUAUUACAAGCCACUGGGAUCUUGAGGAUGGGAAGGGAGUCUACAGCUGUCCUCAAUGCAGACAGACCAUUACUCCAAGACCUGCUUUAUAUAAAAACACCAUGCUGGCUGAAGUGGUGGAGCAACUGAAGAAGACUAAACGCCAGGUGUCUGUUCCUGCUGGACCUGAAGAUGUGGAGUGUGAUGUCUGUACUGUGAGAAAAUAUAAAGCUGUCAAGUCCUGUCUGGUGUGUCUGAACUCUUACUGUCAAAAUCACCUCCAACAACAUGAGAAUUUCUUUAAACGUAAGAGACACAAUCUGAUAGAUGCCACUGGACGACUUCAGGAGAUGAUCUGUCCAACACAUAAUAAACUACUGGAAAUCUACUGUCAUACUGACCAGCAGUGCAUUUGUGCACUGUGCACAAUGGAUAAUCACAAAAAUCACAAUACUACAGCAGCUGUAGCAGAGAGGACAAAGAAACAGGUGGUUUUGGCAGAGAGGAAGAGGAAGUUCCACUUGAGAAUCCAGCAGAGGGAAAAAGAUCUCGAGAAGCUGAGAGAGGCUGUGGAGUCUCAUGAGCACUCUGCACAGACAGCAGUAGAGGACAGUGAGAGGAUCUUUACUGAGCUCAUCCGCUUCACUGAGAGAAGCUGCUCUGAGGUGACAAAACGAAUAAGAGAUAAGGAAAAGGCUGCAGUGAAUCGAGCUGAAGGACUUAUCUAUCAACUGGAGCAGGAGAUUGAUGAACUGAGGAGGAGAGAUGCUGAGCUGGUGCAGCUUUCUCACACAAAUGAUCACAUCCAGUUCCUGCAGAGUUUCCAGUCUCUCGCUGUAUCUCCUGAAUCUACAGAGACCAGCAUCACUGUCAGCUCUCUCCUCUCUUUUGAUGAAGUGAAAAAGUCUGUCUCUCAACUGAAAGAAAAACUGCAGGAUUUCUGUAGAGAGGAGAUAGAAAAGAUAUCUGGCAGAGCAACAUACAUUGAAAUUAUUCCCACCAAUGAACUCAAGAUCAGAGAGGACUUCCUGCAGUAUUACAGCUGGUUCACUCUGGAUCCAAGCACAGCGAAUAAUCGUCUCUGUCUGUCAGAGGGGAACAGAGUGGCUACUUUUACUUCCGGAGUCCAGCAGUAUCCUGACCAUCCAGACAGAUUUGAGAGAUAUUAUCAGGUGUUGUGUAGGGAGAGUGUGUGUGGACGCUGCUACUGGGAGUUCGAGUGGAGCGGGGGUCAUGGUGUGGGUAUAUCAGUGUCAUAUAAGAGCAUCAGCAGGAAAGGAGAGAGAAAUGAGUGUGUUUUUGGCCUUAAUAAUCAGUCCUGGAGUUUGAUCUGCUCUACCUCCAAAUUUUCAUAUAGUCACAAUAACAGACAUGCUAGACUCUCUGUACCCUUCAGUUACUGUAGAAUAGGAGUGUAUGUGGAUCACAGUGCAGGGACUCUGUCCUUCUACAGCAUCUCAGACACAAUGAGCCUCAUCGACACAGUCCAGACCAGAUUCACUCAGCCGCUUUAUCCUGGGUUUGCAGUUCAAGGUGGAACAACAGUGAAAUUGUGUGAUCUAAUGAUAUAGAUUACAUAUAGCUGACUGUAAAUAGUACUGUAAUGUCAAGUUUCGGCUCUUAAAAAACAGCAGAUGAAUCAUUUACAGUGUUAUUGUCAUGACUCAUGACUGUUGAAUAUAAGUAGCUCACAAAGAUGAAGGGUACAACAAAAUAGUUUUAUAAUCAACAGUAGAUGAGAUAUGAACACAUCCACUUUAUAGACAAGACAGUACAAAGAGCUAAACAAAACAAGGAGUACUUAUACAGAAACCAAAUGAGGGAACUGAUGAGAUAAUUAAUGAACACAGGUGGAAACGAAUAAACUAAUUAACACUGGGAAACUAGGUUAUAUGACUGUGAUUGUCAGACUUCACAUCCCAUCUAACCUAAACAAGAUUACUAUGAUUUUUUUUUUUUUUUAACAAUAAGCAACUUAUGCAAUAUUGUCAUCUCUGUAUGCACAUUCCUCUGUGUAGUUAUCAUUAUAGUUGUGGUGUGGACUGCUUUUCUUUUACAUUUAGAAUGAUUUUUAAAACUACAUUGCUUUCACCCUUAUGUUGAACAGGCCUUUAGUGCAUAGUGUAACUGGAUAAGGUUUGUCCGAAAAGUCACUAGAUCUGUUGCUAUGUGAUUAAAAAAAAAAUCACUAAUGGGGCAAAUUGCUAAAAAUUGAAAAUGCACAAUAUAGCAGAAUAAGUGCUGCCUUCUAAAUAAAUGAGACCAUCGCUAAGUCAUGGCAUCACUGCAGCUGCCAUUAGAAGCUCCGGUAGAAACUAGGUUAACAUGACACAGGUGUGAAUAAUGAGGGACUAAUAAUGAGGGAAACCAAAGAAACUGGAAAAGGACUACAAAACUAACAGUGAACAAAAAAAAAAAAAAAAAAAAAAAAAAAAAAAAA